UUCCUUCCCCACUCCCCUUCUUAUAAAAAACUCUACCCUCUUUCUCUCUCCUCAACAACCAACACAUUCUCUCUCUACUCUCUCUAUCCUCCAUUUGAAAUGGCAAAAACUCAGAACGAGCUGUGUGUGAGCAUACCAAGCUACUUCCGAUGCCCAAUCUCACUCGAACUCAUGAAAUCCCCUGUUUCUCUAUCUACUGGUGUUACCUACGACCGCACCAGCAUCCAAACUUGGCUUGAUGGCGGCAACAUAACCUGUCCCGCUACCAUGCAGUCUCUCUCGUCUCCUUCCUUUGUUCCUAAUCUCACUCUCCACCGCCUCAUCCAUCUCUGGUCUCUCUCUCAGUCUCCUCCUUCUCCUCGCCUUUUUCUCUCCGUCGAUAAUAUUCACGACCUCACCCUCUCUCUCCAGAAGAUCUUCGAUCGGGCGACGAAGUCGAAGGAUGAUCUUAGAGUUUUGGAGAAAUCGGAAGCAUUUUUGGAUUCAAUUGUGAAAUUGAUGGUGAAAUCUGAUGAGAAAAUUGAGAAUCUGGAGUUGAUUUUCUUGAUUUUGAACCUAUGCAAUGGUGAGAAGAUUCACAAAUUGAUCGAUUCCAGCUGUUACAGUAAAAUUGUCUCUGUAUUGCGAAACGGAAGCGUCGCAUCGAAGAUCGCAGCGGCGAGAAUUGUUUCGAAAAUCGCCAUUGAUAAAGGAACGAAAAGCUCGUUAAUGGAGACAGCGAAUUUGAUCGUUGAGCUCAACAAUUUGGUAAAAUCUGGUUCAGAUUCAUCGAUUAAAGCUGGAUUAUCGGCGUUAAUUGCAGUUGCAAACUCAAAAGCGACGAAAAUGGAAAUUGUAAGGUUAGGUAUGGUACGAAGAGUAGCAGAGGUCCUCUGUGACUCAGGAAGAACAGAUAUCUUGGUGAUCCAAAAAUCAAUGGAGAUGCUAGAGGUGAUGGCCAUGUGUACGGAGGGGAGAAAGGCGAUUUGCGAGGAGGAAAAAUGUGUGGUGGAGAUUGUUAAGAAGCUGAUGAAAGUAUCGCCGACCGCUACCGAGCAUGGUGUUACGGUGCUCUGGAGUGUAUGUUAUCUUUUUAGGGAUGAGAAAGUGAAGGAAAUAUUGGGGAAAAGUAAUGGUUUAGGUAAGUGUUUGCUAUUGCUUCAAAGUGAUUGUAAGCCUAUUGUGAAGCAAAUGUGUGGUGAUUUGGUGAAGGUUUUGAGGGUGAAUUACAAGUCUUGUUUAGGUGCUUAUGAUACCAAAACUACUCAUAUCAUGCCUUAUUGAAAGAUGUAAUAACAUUUAAAACCCAAAAUGAUAAUGAAAGAUUAGAAAAUUUUAGUGUAGGAUUUGGAGAUAGGAUAGUGUUAGAUAAUUGAAAUUGAAGUUUCAUGGAAAAAAAAAUGUAUCAAUAUAGAUUCAUGGAUUUCAUUGUUUUAUUGGGGAACGUUGUAAAUUUGAUACACAUCAAUGAUACCUGGAUUAAGAAAUUGAUCCCAUGAUUUUGAAUUA